CUCUCUCUCCACAGUUAAAGAAAAUAAUCCCGGAAAUAGUGGACGCAUGACACUCGCCCUCCCGCUCAUAAACGCCUCUGAGAAAAUCUCCCCUCACUAACUCACCGCACCAUAAAAGACCCUGUUUUGGGUUCUUUCUCUCUUUCAAAGAAAACCCUUCUUUCUCUUUCCACUUCUCAGAACCUCUUCUCUCGUCCCCCUCCCCACACUCUCACUAAAAUCACUUCUUUCUACUUCUUCUCCAUUACUCAUCUCCCAAAACUUGUUAUUUUCCAUGUACUGCUAGCUCGCUCUCUCUCUCUCUCUCUCUCUCUCUGUUUUCCUGAGAAAAAUGAACAUCAACAAAAUGAUGGCUAAAGAUGGAGAUGUGAACUUCUUGAAGGCCCAGACUUGUGUCCUCAAAGUGAACAUACAUUGUGAAGGAUGUAAGCAAAAGGUGAAGAAGUUGCUCCACAAAAUAGAUGGGGUGUAUACUACUUCCAUUGAUAUGGAGCAGCAAAAGGUGACAGUUUCAGGUAAUGUGGAUCCCUCUGCCCUCAUAAAGAAACUGGUUAAGAAUGGCAAGCAUGCAGAGCUCUGGAACCAAAGAGGAAACCAACUAGACAACCAGUUUCAAAAGCUUCAAAUUGAGAAGGGGAAGGACCAAAAGGACGGAAAAAACCAGCAAAAAGGAGGUAAAGACCAGAAGCCCCAACAACCAAAACAAGAACAAAUAAAGGGACCAAAGGACAUGAAACAACAGCCUCAAUUCAAGGACCUAAAGCUCCCAUUCAAGGUGCCAAAGUCUGUGAAGUUCAACUUGGGCCAUGAGAUGAUGCCCCAUGGUCACCAUCAUGAUGAUUAUGAUGAGUUCAAUGAUGAUGAGUUAUUUUAUGAUGAGAUGGAUGAUGACUUUGAUGGCUAUGAUAUGGAUGGGGAUGACAUGGGGUCCAAGGCCCCACCACCCAUCAAGGAUGGCAAGGGCAACAAACCCAUGGUCAUGGGUGGGAUGGGCAUGACGAAUGGGGCCCCUGGCAUGAUGCAUGGGGUCCAUGGUAUGAUGAAUGGUGGCCAUAGCAUGGUUUAUGGCAAUGGAAAUAAGAAAGGGGGAGGGGACGGGGCCUUGCAACAAAUGAAGGGUAUGGUUGGAAUAGCAGAAAAGAAUGGGGGCAAUGGAGGGAAGAAAGGGGGCAAAGAUGGUGGUGCCCAAAAUCAGAACCAGAAUCAAGGGACCAAAAAUGGAGGUAAAAAUGGAGAAGGCAAAAAUAACGGUCCAAACCCAAACAAUAACGGUGGUGGUGGUAACAAUAAGGCCAAUAACGGUAACGGCCAAAAUAACAAGGGCGCUGCUGGAAAUAACAAUAACGGUGGGGGCAAGAAGGGGGGCAAAAAUGAUGUGGGUCAGAUGACUAACAUUGCCCCUGGCUUCCACGAGAUAGAUGUAAGGGGGGUUGCGGGUGGGGGUGGGGGUGGGGGUGGAGGUGGGGGUGGUGGUGGUGGUGGGGGGCAGAUCGGUCAUUUCCAAGGGCAGAUGGGAAAUUUGCAGGGGCAAAUGGGUCAUUUACAGGGGCAAAUGGGUCAUUUGCAGGGGCAGAUGGGUCCUUUGCAGGGGCAGAUGGGUCCUUUGCCGGGGCAGAUGGGUCCUUUGCAGGGGCAGAUGGGUCCUUUGCAGGGGCAGAUGGGGAAUUCCGGCUAUUUUCAGGGAGCUGGGCCGGAAAUUUUGGCCGGAAAUCCUCAUCACCAGCAAUAUUUGGCCAUGAUGAAUCAGAGGCAAAAUAUGGAGAGAUAUUUGCAAAUGGCUUAUAAUAGGCCCCCCCCUUUUUGUCAUGCUCCACAACAAUCACAAUCAGCUGAAUAUGCCACCCACUUCUUUAGUGAUGAAAAUGCCAAUAGUUGCUCCAUAAUGUGAUCGCUGGAAUUUCAUCUCUGGCAAGUUUCCGAUGACUUUCCGGCGUUUUAGGUGGCAGGGGGUUUGUAUGUGUGUCUCAUCUCUAAGGCAGACAAGAAAUUGAAAGUCCGUGCAUAUACAAGGGAAAAAUAGGUUGUUUUAAUUUUUAAUAUUGCCUUUUUUUUUUGACCUUUACCAUAUGUUUUGUUUUCUUUGAUAAUGUAGGGACAAGUAAGUAUAAUUAUGUAUGAAAUAUUUAGGAUGAUAAGUUAUGGGGUUCAAGUGUUCAUGUAAUGGAGCUGGGGAGCCAAGCUUUUUGAGAUGUUUUUAUGCAUAAUUUGCAUAAAUGAUAUAUAAAUUGAAUAACUAUUUCUAAAAAUGGAAA